GGCGACCGUUGACAGUGUAGUGUCGCGCGUGUUCGGCCAACAAUCGGAACGAUACAAGCUAUAAGCGACAACACCCUCAGUUCCUCAUUAACAGUUCAGUGUUAUCGUGCCCGAGUUCUCUGUGUUUUGACUGACCCCCAAGUGUUGUUUGAGUUUACAUUCAAAUAUUGGACAAGUGCUAUUAGUGACUGCGCGUGAUAUGCCGCAAAUACGUGUUUAGCAGCGUUCUGCGGGCGAUGCUCACAGGAGAGCAUGUGAUGCCGGCCUUUGACGCCCGGCGCCAUGCCCACGCCGCUGCAGCCCGGCGGCCCCGCUAGCGGCCCGCCCCCGGAGCGCAAGCGGCGCCGCAAGCGCGACGAUCCCCAGAGUUCAGCCGCGCUCGAACCUGACGACGACGACGGCGACAUGAGCCCAGAGGAAGAGCCGCGAAACGCUCCCGCGGCCCCAGCGGCGCCAACUCCAGCGCCUUCAUCAGCGCCAGCACCCACCUCACCUCCUGCUGCUCCAGACGCAGUUGACCUCACUUCGCGCCGUGACUCCCCACAACUCUCAUCCGACGUUGAGCAUUUUGAUGGAAAGAUCGUCUACAAUCCUGACGGAUCUGCGUACAUCAUUGAAGACCCAGAAAUUUCCGAAGGUGAAACGAGUCUUUCGGACUUGCCAAAAAUAGAACCCGGAUGUAUCGUGGAUAGCCGGGACAGCAACGUAGUAGAAAGACAGCUUGACUUUCCACAAAUUGCGAGUGCAUUCUACGUAUCCAGAAAUCCUUCCUUGUAUGGUGCUCUGUAUGGAAGAUUAGCAGCGGAGAGAGCGCGGGCGAGGCCCGAUGCACCUGUGAUGCAUAGUUAUCGAGUGUUUAGUUUUCGUGGAGGUAAAGACGCUCCUAGACCUCAAUCUCCUGUACCAGAGUGUCCUGUUAGCGUGCCAGUGAAACCAAUACUAAUGUGUUUUAUAUGUAAAUUGAGUUUUGGAUAUGCUAAGUCUUUUGUAGCCCAUGCGCAAUCAGACCACAGCUUAUCACUUCUCGACUCUGAAAGAGACGCCUUAUCAAGAGAAAAUGCAUCGGCAAUUAUACAAUGUGUCGGUAAAGACAAAGAAGCCCUAGUCUCAUUCUUAGAACCAGUUGGAGCAGCUGCGCCACGUGCUUCUAUUUCAGGCAGCCCUGCCAAUAUAUCUGGAUUAUCCAGUCCUUCAAUAGAAAAACGACAGGAUACAUUGACUCCAGAUAGAGAUAAUGAAUUAAUGAUUCCCAAUGGAUCAUGCGACGACAGAAGGCCGAGUCCACCUGCAUGGAGACCACCAAGAUCCAUAGCUGAAUCUUUAAUUCCUCAACAUUCCAUGAUCUCUGUGGCACAUCCACAUACAAUAAAUGCUUCCGUACAACCUCGCGCUAGUCCAAACUCAUCCCCACCGUUCCAAACAGCGCCGCCAGCUUUCCUAUCUGGCACAACAAUAGGAGUAUGUCCAGAUCAUCUUGGAGGAAGACCAUCUGGUGCUGAUUGUCCUAAGUGCGAGCUUAUUUUAAAUUCAGGAAGGCUAGGUGGUCCUUUGGCUGGAAUGCAUAGUAGAAAUUCUUGCAAAACAUUGAAAUGUCCAAAAUGUAACUGGCAUUACAAGUAUCAAGAGACAUUAGAAAUACAUAUGAAAGAAAAACACCCAGAAGCUGAAACCAGUUGUAUUUAUUGUAUUGCCGGUCAACCUCAUCCACGGUUAGCGCGGGGAGAAACAUACACGUGUGGAUACAAACCUUACAGAUGUGAAGUUUGCAAUUAUUCGACGACAACUAAAGGCAACUUAAGUAUACAUAUGCAGUCUGAUAAGCAUCUUAAUAAUAUGCAAGAGUUACAAAAUGGUGGCAAUCCCGGGGAAAGUAAUUUACCACCGGCUCAACAUACACCACCAGGAGCACAUAAACCUCCCCUACCACAUCACUCUCCUUUGGGACAAAAACCGAAACCAACAUUUCGUUGCGACGUUUGUAAUUAUGAAACCAACGUUGCACGUAAUCUAAGAAUACAUAUGACAUCCGAGAAGCAUACUCAUAACAUGCUUGUUCUUCAACAAAACGUUAAACAUAUGCAAACAUUGUCAGCGUUACACCACAGGCAACAAAGUCAGCAACAGCUUGAAAGCUUAUUACAUUUCCAUGGUGGUGACGCUCCACCACCUAACCCAGAAGCUGCCUUAGCUGAUAUGGCAUACAAUCAAGCACUCAUGAUACAACUUAUGACUGGAGGCCCAGGACCAUCACCUCCAGAACUAGGAGCCCACUUAGACGUUGGUUUAAAUCCAGAAGCAAUGGAACCGCCACCAGAACCAGCAGACCCUGAACCCGAAAGAACCUUCCACUGCUGUAUAUGCAAUUGCUUCUCAACAGAUUCUUUGGAAGCUCUAGGACAUCAUUUAGCACAAGAUCGCACAAAGAUUAGAGAACAGGAAAUAUUGGCAUUAGUAGCCGGUCAUUACGUCUGUAAAUUAUGUACGUAUAAAACAAAUCUAAAAGCAAAUUUUCAGUUACAUUGCAAAACAGACAAACAUCUCCAGAGGUUACAACAUGUCAAUCAUGUAAAGGAGGGUGGUCCAAGAAACGAAUGGAAAUUGAAAUUUUGCGGUGGUGUUGGAACUGGUGGUGCGGGAGUAGGGGGAGUACAAGUCAGAUGUUGUGCCUGCGACUAUUACACGAAUUCAGCACAUAAGUUGCAACUUCAUGCUGCCGGAGCCCGCCAUGAAGCAGCUGCUCUUCUGUUGAGACAUCUGAGAGAGUGUGCUUCUAGGCUACCCCGUGAUCGUCCACGCGUUUAUCGCUGUGCGUUGUGUGGUUUCGGUGCACCGCAUCGCUUACCGCUAUUGCAACACGUACGUUCCGUUAAACAUUUGCAAAUGGAACAAAUUCAUCAACUUCAACGCCGGUCAGAAGGCAAAGAUCCCACCCCAGAUGUCGCGGAGCUCUUCCAAGUAAUCCCGCAGCCGCCUGAAUUACAAAGCCCCUACGAUCAACAAGAAAGUGAUAAUAAGGAGCCCAUCGAUCAAAAACCAGAGCUAACUCAAGAACAAAAGAUGAUGCGAUUCUUGGAGCAGCAUCAACAACAGCAACAGCAGCAACUUCAGCAACAACAGACUGCUCAACCACAACCAUCUCAACAAAGUUGCAAUGACAAAGAAGAAGAGCCAGAAACGCCAAGUCAACAUAACUGUCCGUACUGCAACUUUAGUUGUGCAAGUGAAAGCAGAUUAAAUGCUCACGUUAACUCAGUACAUGGUGAUACAGUGCGGCAUUUUAUCUGUCCUUUGUGUCAAGAUGCUUUCAAAGAGAGGCCGGCCCUCGAAAGACAUGUUAUGCAAAUUCAUUCGGUUAAUUCGGAGGGUUUACAACGACUCCUUCUGCUUGUAGAUCAAAGUCAUUGGCUUAAUGGAGGUAGUCAACAACAAAGAGAGGAAUCGAGGCAAGGGGAAGAGAAUGAAAGAGAAAUUUCCUCUCCUCGUUCUGAAGGCAGCGUAGAUGGUGAAACAGAACGCUGUUCGACAUGCAAUCGCACAUUCCGUAAUGUUGAUGAGUUAUGCCAGCAUCAAAAUGAAUCCGGUCAUUUAGAAUUGAAACAAACACCACAAGGACCGGGCUACGUUUGUUGGAAAAAAGGAUGUAAUAGAUAUUUCGAUUCCGCACACGCUUUACAAAAUCAUUUUCGAGAAGCCCAUGCUCGUAAUUCUAUUGCAAAUAUGUCGGUAUCGGAAAAACAUGUAUAUAAAUAUCGCUGCAAUCAAUGUAGCUUGGCAUUUAAAACAAUAGAAAAAUUACAACUACAUUCUCAAUAUCAUGUCAUUCGCGAUGCAACAAAGUGUGUUUUGUGUGGAAGAAGUUUUAGAUCUGUAUUAGCUCUUCAGAAGCACGUUGAAACUUCGCAUCCAGAGCUAUCGGAAGAUGAACUAAAUGCUUUUAAACGAAGCCUUGCCUCUAAUCCAUUAUUACAACCUGGUCAUGGAGUGGCCUUGGACGCAGCAACCGCGGAUUUGUUGCGAAAAGAAGCUCUUCGAACACCUGAAGAUGAACUUGGUGAAAUGGAAGACAGGGAUUCAAGUGCCACUGCUGCUGAUGAAUCUGGUCAUAAUGACGCUGAAAACUCUGAUGAUUCAAUUAUUUACAAGGACCAACAAUUCCUAGAAGACUACUUAAACUCCCAAGCAAUGGCGGAAGAUUCUUAUAAUGAUCCAAACAGAAAAUACAAAUGUCACCGGUGCAAAGUUGCUUUUACGCGUCAGUCUUAUUUGACAGCACAUAAUAAAACUCUGUUGCAUAGAAAAGGAGAAAAGCUUACUUAUCCUAUGGAAAAAUAUUUAGAUCCUAACCGACCGUUCAAAUGUGACGUAUGCAAAGAAUCGUUCACACAAAAGAAUAUCUUGCUUGUUCAUUACAAUAGUGUAAGUCAUUUGCACAAAUUAAAAAGAGCUAUGCAAGAACAACAAAACAAUAAUAAUCCUCCCGUUUCGCCCAGUGCGGGGACCGCGCCGUCAAAUUUGACUCUCACGCCUAAAAGUACAUCAAGCGAGGAAGAUGAUCGUAAGCGAUACAAGUGUAACAUAUGCAAAGUUGCGUAUACUCAAGGAAGCACGCUGGAUAUUCACAUGAGAUCGGUUUUACAUCAAACGAGGGCGGGAAAAUUGCAGGAACUAGCCGCCGCGGGCCACGUGGACUUGACAAGGCCUCUAGUCGAGCAGCCGGACAGAAACGACCCCGCUAAAAUUUUACAAGACGUAUUGUCGCCAAAAAAUACAUCCCCUUCGUCUACAAGUAGCGGGGGACCGCGUUCCUCACCCCCCGCGCGCCCAGGUAGUCCGCGAUCCCCUCGCGCAGGUAGCGCCUCGUGCGAGCGCUGCCACGCGUCAUUCCCUACUGGGGAGCUACUCGACGCACACCGUGCAACUUCAUGCCCGUUUGGCGAUGCGCGGGCGCAUUCGCCUCUUGGUGACGCAGAGGCUGCGGCUCUAGACGAGAUGGUAGCUAAGGGCAAUCCGCCCAAAAGAAACUCACAAAUGUAUAAGCAACUACUCGAGACAUUCGGAUUUGACCUCGUCAUGCAGUAUAAUGAAAAUCAACGACGAAAACUGCAAGAAGAACGUGAGAUGGCACGAGUGCCGAGCCCGCCACCGCCGCCACCUGAGGAGAAGCCUCCUGACGGCGAAAUCAAAUCGACGUGUCAACAUUGUAACAAGGAGUUUUCUAGUGUUUUUGUUUUAAAGACUCAUUGUGAAGAAGUGCAUAAGGAUAAGGUACCACUCGAGUUCCUGGAACAGUUCGCAGAACAGUUUAAAUCGGAAUAUGAAAGGAAAUCUGGUGCACCAAAUUCGCCACGUGCUGCAUCUCCCGCUCCUCAAGGUGACAGGUCACCGUCUCCGCGUGGUGACAAUGGCAACUUCAACGAAAAUGGGAAUGGCGCAGGUGAAGCUCAAGCUGGUGCUUUGCUGGCAGCUCAGGUUCAAGAGAUGCAGGCAGCUUUGAACAUGCUGCAACUACAACAACAGUUGGGACAGCUACACCCGAUGAUGGCUCAGAUGCUGUCUCUUGGUCUCCCAUUGGGACUCAACAUGGGUGCGCUUGCUGCCAUGAACCUGCAGCCACCACUAGUAUCUCUCAUGCUACCUCCACCACCGUUUGACGCAAUGCCCUUCACACAUGACGCCCAACUGAAACAGCAGCAGCUCAUACAGCAACAGCAGCAGGCAAAUGCUGCAGCUGGUCAGAAACGUGCUCGCACUCGCAUCACAGACGAUCAAUUGAAGAUUCUACGUUCGCACUUUGACAUAAAUAAUUCACCAAGUGAUGAGGCAAUUGCGAAAAUGGCUAAACAAUCUGGACUAGCCACAAAGGUCAUCAAACAUUGGUUCCGAAAUACGCUUUUCAAAGAGCGCCAACGGAACAAGGACUCUCCUUAUAAUUUUAAUAAUCCUCCAUCUACGACUCUGAACUUGGAAGAAUAUGAAAAGACAGGUGAAGCGAAAGUAACAACUUUGGAUUCUUCAGCUAGUUCUGAUGAAGGCAAACCUCCACCUGAAAAAAAAGCAAAAACUGAAGAUAUGACGUUGAUUAACCAACAGGAAGUAAAAUCUGAACCAAAUGACGAACCCUCAAUUGAAGAAAAAUAUAACUCAUAUGAUGAUCGCCAUCAGGAAGAUAGGACGUUUAGCUUUCAACAAAUUCCACCUCAAAGUCCGGCAUUAAAUAAUUCUGAUAAUAUACAAAAUAUAUCGAGACCGCAAACGCCUACUCAUAUAUCACUGAAUUCUUUAAUUCAGUCUCAGUUGGAUUCAAUACCUGCAACGAGUAUACCUCAGCCACCACAUCCAUCGAUGCUACCACCAAAAUUAAAUCCGAAUUUCACGUCCCCAAACUCCGCGCCCCCGAACGUCCUACCUUUGACCCCAAAUCGGAGCCUAAGUCCUGGCAGAGGACCGGCCGAUUUCGGACUUUCCGGGGGCAACUCGAACGGAUCCAACAGCUCGGGGUCUUCUGGCAAACGCGCCAACAGAACUAGAUUUACUGAUUAUCAAAUCAAAGUUCUACAGGAAUUUUUUGAAAACAACGCAUAUCCAAAAGAUGAUGAUUUGGAAUAUCUUUCAAAAUUAUUAGGACUAAGCCCAAGAGUAAUCGUGGUUUGGUUUCAAAAUGCACGUCAAAAAGCAAGAAAAGUUUAUGAAAACCAGCCAGCCGCUGAUCCACCGGCUGGCUCAAUGGAUGACGCUAACCGAUUUCAAAGGACUCCUGGCCUUAAUUACCAAUGUAAAAAAUGCCAACUAGUUUUUCAACGAUAUUACGAAUUGAUAAGACAUCAAAAAACUCAUUGUUUUAAGGAAGAGGAUGCGAAACGAUCAGCACAGGCUCAGGCGGCUGCUGCUCAAGUCGCCGCUACUCUUAGUAGUGAAGACUCAAACUCAAGUAUCGUAGAACACCACGUUCCGCAUGUGCCAGUAUCACCGGCACCACCUCGCACUCCUACGCCUGCGGCCCCAAACUAUCCAGUUUCUCCGGCCCCACCUGCGCCACAUACACCCAUUACACCUCUAACACAUCAGCCAAGAGAAGAAAAAGAUGGUAAUUUUCAAUGUGAUAAAUGCAAUCUAGUCUUCCCACGAUUUGAUUUAUGGCGAGAACAUCAACUUAUUCACAUCAUGAAUCCAAAUUUAUUUCCUACAUAUCCACCUGACUCCCCUUUUGGGAUCUUACAACAACAUGCUCAACUACAACAGUUAAAUGCAUCGCUCACGAAUGAUGAAUCACGCCAUCCAUUAGUAGCAGCCCUAAAUCAACAAGUAGCUAAAAGAAAAUUUGACGAGUUUGAGGAGGUAGAUACUGGAGAACAACCGAAAGAUAAACGACUUCGAACUACUAUUUUACCAGAACAAUUGGAUUACCUGUAUCAAAAGUACCAAAUAGAAUCUAACCCUUCCCGGAAAAUGCUGGAAAAUAUUGCCCGUGAAGUAGGGUUAAAAAAAAGAGUGGUUCAAGUUUGGUUUCAAAACACACGAGCACGGGAAAGGAAAGGACAAUUUCGAGCUCAUGCACAAGUCAUAAAUAAGCGAUGUCCCUUCUGCCCAGCUCUGUUUAAAGUGAAAAGUGCGCUGGAAAGUCAUCUAAGUACUAAACAUGCAGACCAAUGCGCUCGAGGAGAAAUCAACGUUGACGCUCUUCCAGAUGAAGAACUAAGUACUGAAUCAACACCAAGUUUUGGCUCGCAACAAAGUGAUAGGCAGCAAAAUUUUUCCCAAGCGGGGGCUCCCAUGUUGCCCCCUAUUUUCCCGCCUUUUCACUCAGACAUGGAGAAAUUUAUCAAGCAGUACAGUGAGGAAUCAAUGAAACGAUAUGUGAGUGAGCUUCAAGCACAUGCAGUCGCUCAACAGAACGGCAGUAGUGGUAAUGAGCCUUCUGAAAGACGUAUAGAACAUGGAAAAUCAGAAAUACCAUUAGAUCUCAGUAAGCCUGUAGAUUUGUCUCGGCCAGGAUCAGAUGCUGACGAACGUUCAGAUACCGCUUCGGAAACUAUGGAGUUCUACGAAGAAGACGAACCUACUUCGCCUUUACCCGGUCAGCAACAUACGCCAAGACCCCCUGGUAAACGCUUCCGAACGCAAAUGUCUUCUAUACAGGUGAAGAUAAUGAAAUCGUUAUUUGGUGACUAUAAAACGCCGACGAUGGCUGAGUGUGAAGCACUUGGACGGGAAAUUGGGCUACCAAAACGUGUGGUUCAAGUGUGGUUCCAAAACGCUCGAGCCAAAGAAAAGAAAGCUCGUCUCGCGGCUGGUCUAUCGGAAGUGUCAGAUGCACAGCCACCAGAUGACUGCCGAGUGUGUGAUUUUAAAUACAGUCAUAAGUAUUCCGUUCAAGACCACGUGUUCACGCGCAGUCAUAUCGCCGCCGUACGGGCAAGAUUGGAAAGCAGCGCUGGCGCCGGAGAAGAUAGCACACUUGCUCUGAUGCAGAUGGAAGCUCAUAUAGUGCCGUGACGGUCGUUGGUCUAUUUUCCUACUAGUGAGUCCUUUUGUAAAUAGUUUUUAGAUGUUACGCGAUAUAGUUAUGCAAUUUCUAAGUGAUGUUGAUACUUUUAUGUCGAUGAAGAGUAUAUCUUUUAAAAUCUAUUUAUGGCUGUCUUUGAGAAAAUGUGCACUGGAUAGGUUUUUCUAAUGUAAUGCUCAUUCCUGUGUAGUGACGACACGUUCGUAACUGAUUCAAUCAUAGCAAUUAUUUUAUGAAUCUAUGCAAUACUGUAAAUUAAAUUGCAUAAAAUUUCAAGAUUAAAAUUUAAUGUGUCAUCAUUGUAGUUAUAAUUGAGCUCAGUUUUAUAGUUUAGUGACAAGAGUGAUAGACCGCGAGUCUCGUCGCGAGAGGUACGAGAGGCGUGCCGGCCGGUCGGUGGGUCGGUGGGCCGGUGGGCGUCCCUCUCUAAGCCGCCGCUAUUUAAAUGCAAACGAACACAACAAUGGUAGGAGUUAGGACGCGUGAAGGACGUCGUAUAUCUAAUGAGACCGAUCUGGCGCACAUGCAUUUCUCUCCACAUGAAUAAUCAAUUAUUUAAAUGACGCCAAUCAAAAGACUUUCUUGGAAAUUCAACGUAAAUAUCGAUUGUUUCUUUUAUUUUAACUCGAUUAUUAUAUCAUUAGUCGCAUUGGGAACCAACAUCACAUAGUCAUGUGCAUAAUAAUACUAGUAAUCUGUUGCAUAAUAUUAUUCUUCCUAGUUGUUCAUAUUUAAAACUCCUAUUAGGUUUUAGAGACUUGUCGAUUGUUGUAGGAAUGUAAUGAAAACCAAAUUAUAUAUUAUAGAGAAUUUAAAACAUUUAGUUAAUAUGUAAAGUCAAAGCGAAGCCUGAAGUCUUUAAUACUAUUUAAAUAAGGUGCCUUGUACGAUCCAAGUGUUUGUAAAUUAUUGCCCAGAGCUCCACUGUAAAUAUUUAAAUGAUCAUGUAAAAGUAUACUAUUAGAGUUUAAUGUUAGGUCGCUGUAAAGAUUGUCUCUAACCGCUGUUCGCAAUGCGUACUGCGAUUAGUUGUAUGCAGUAUAGAUAGAUAGAUUUAAAUAAAUAUAUUGUUCGUUUCAUAGAGGCAUCUUAAAAACUUGUGAUAUAACUGUAUCUAAUUAGUAUACCACAUAUCUUCUGCAAGGGGAACAAAAAUAUAUGCAGACAUAACAUAGAAGAGUUUGUUGUAUUUUACAUAAUAAUGAAUACUUCGGUGACUUGUGGGGUCGCCGGCUGCAGUUUUUGAUAUUCGACUAACGAAUUUACAUAAGAGUGGCUAAAAAUUGGGGAGUUGGGCGAUAUGCAAAUAUUUUCUUCAAAUUUAAAUGUGCUAUAGGUACAUAGAGACUCGUGCGCAACCUUCCGCGCGUACAACAAAUCGUCGCACGCGCCGCGGGUGUUGCCUUUGAGUUCCUAUUUAUUAUGUGAAAACCUACCUCCCGUCUUACGUGCCAAGAUACUUUCCUAUUAUGCUUUCAAAUGCAAAUAUUGCACUUUGAAAUCGUCCACAUAUUUUGAAUAUUUGAUACGCAAAAUACUCUUUACAGGUCCCUUAUUAUUUGCAUAUCGCUUUUGUUAUUAUUUUCUUUGCUUUUGUUAUGUUUGUAUUUAUUUUUGUUCUUUAGUUUUAUUUUAUUUUAUUUUUUGUUUCAUUUAGAUUAUAAUAUGUACCUUGGUGUGUCAGACAGCUGACGAAUACCUUGAUAUUGAAUUUGCCUCCAAUACGACUUCCAAUAACUUUAUUUUAAUUUGUAUUAUUUAAGUUUACCUAAUUAUAUGCGAUCUGCAUUUACUGUUAUUAAAAUGAUAUUUUUCGAAAUAUUUUUUAAAAGUGAAGUCCAGUGCCAGCCAGUGAAUUAUAUCUUUGGUUUAAGAUGAUAACUAUUGUCUUUCAACUGGUAUAAAGAUGAAAAAAUCUUGUAAACUGAAUAGUAUUAUUAUAAUUAUUAUCUACAGUUAUUAUAUUUGCCGAAUUCGUUGAAAUAAAUGCAAUAUUUAUAUUAUUGA